CUAGCUAACGUUAGGUGUCAAAACAUUAAACCUUUCUGAAUAUUUUUAGAAUUGCAAACUCAAAAAAGGUGGAGAUGAGUGCAGAGGCGGCAGACCGUGUGGCUGUGAGCGGCAGCCGGCCGAGCACUCCUCCUCAGACCUCCUGGUUCGAGUUUCUCCUGGAUGAGAUGCUGCUGGAGAACCACCUCCAGAAGUCCCAUCCAGAUCCUGUUCCAGUGCAGCUUGUCAUCCAGUUCCUUGAACAAGCGGCCAAGCCCUCUGUGAAUGAGCAGAACCAAGUCCAGCCUCCUGCAGACAACCGCAGGAACCGCACUCUGAAGCUGUUGGCUCUUAAAGUAGCAGCACACUUGAAGUGGGAUCUAGAUGUAUUGGAGAAAGGCUUGACUAUUCCUGUGUUGAACAUGCUGCUGAAUGAGCUGCUGUGUGUGAGUAAGGUUCCACCUGGAGUGAAACAUGUUGACCUGGAUCUGUCCACCUUGCCUCCCACCACUGCCAUGGCUGUCAUCAUCUACAACCGCUGGGCCAUACGAACCAUUGUGUUAAGUAGUUUUCCAGAAAAACAGACAAAACCUGGGCCUCAUCAGAUGAACAUGUUGAAUAUUGUGCAGCAGGAGAAAGAGUUGACCGAAAAUAUCCUGAGCGUGCUGAAAGAACAGGCAGCGGACUCUAUCAUGGUGUUGGAGGGAUCUCUUGGUCUGAAGAAGGACUUCUAUAUCCAUACCCUGAGGACUCUGGACCUGCUGGCUGCCGACCCCAGUACUGCUAAUGGGGAAACGGAGUCGUCCACAGCAGGCCUUAGGAUCAGUGCUGAUGAGCUGCACUGUCAGGUGCAUUAUGAUUUGGGAGGUAUUUUCUUUCAACAAGGCUGCUCAGACCAACUGGCAUAUGAGAAGGCUAGAGAGCAUUUUCAACAAACACGAGAGUUGCUGUUGAAGUUUGACUUGACGCUUCACGUUCACCUGGAUGAGAAGCGUCUUGCUGGGUACUGGAACGCCUGCAGGGCCCUGACUGGAGCCUUGGACCCCAGUGACACACAGCUAAACCCCUACGGACAGAUCAACAGCCUCAUCAGAACUCGCAACUACCAGGCUCUUGUAGAGGCUUUCAUCAAAGACAAUGUGUCCCUCAGCUUGCCCAACCACCUCAGACAGUCUGUCCUGAGGGAGUUUUUGCACAAAGUCCAGCAAGGGGAGAGGGGCCUGGACGAAGUGUGUCACAAGCUUUGUGUGUGCAACGCUGUUCGAGACGCCCUGCAAGGGGAGGUCCUCAGUGUGCGUUUUCAGCAGCUGCUCCACAAGCCAAGAAAACAUGUGGUGGACUUUAUGCUAGAGGUAUGCACAAGGUCGUUAGACAAGGACCGUUCAUCAGAGACCUCCAAGAGGAAGAUGGUUAUUUUUCUAAAAACCCUGUGUGAGAGCUUGGCAGAGCCCCACCUGGUGUUCGUGGUAACCGCCCAUAAGCUGUUCACGGAGCUGCUGAAGGAGGAGGAUAGGAAGAUCCUGGUGGAGCAGAUGAGGAAGAGGUCAGCCACGGUCAACCUCUGUGCCAAGCCUCUGCCCUCCUUCUAUGACAUCCCAGCUGCGGCCAGUGUCAACAUUGGACAGCUGGAGCAGCAGCUCAUCCUCUGCCUGGAUGCCCGCCGCAUCCGGCAGAUCCUAAUUGAGCUGCACAGCAUGGCCGAACGACCCUUCUGGCGGGUUAACAACAAGUGGGAAGUACCUCCAGAUUACAUCAAUGUGAUACUCAACAUCAAAGACAACCUGACCAAGGAUCUGGUGUACAUCCUCAUGGCCAAAGGGCUUCACUGCAUCACUGUAAAGGACUUUGCCCACACGCGGCAGCUCUUCUCAGCCUGUCUGGAGCUGGUGACUGAGUUCUCUCCUAAGCUAAGGCAGGUGAUGCUAAACGAGAUGCUGCUUCUGGAGGUGCGGGCCCACGAGACCGGGGUGGCUGAGGGUAGCAAUGUCAGACCCCCACCCGACCUGGUCAGCAGGGUGCGAGGCUACCUGGAGAUGAGGAUACAUGAUCUCCCUCUGCGCCAGAUAGUAGGGGAGGAGUGUGUGGCCUUCAUGUUGAACUGGAGGGAGAAUGAAUACCUGACACUGCAGGUGCCCCAGCAGCUGGUCAUGAACAACCCCUACAUCAAGCUGGGUCAGCUCCUGGCCUCCACCUGUAAGGAGCUCCCGGGUCCUAAAGAGAGCCGGCGUACAGCCAAAGAGUUGUGGGAGGUGGUAGUGCAGAUCUGCAGUGUGUCCAACCAGCACAAGAGAAACAGUGACGGACGUGUCAGCCUCAUCAAACAGAGAGAGUCCAGUAUGGGCAUCCUGCAAAGGAGCCGAUUCAUCACAUUCAUCAAGAAGCUUCGGGAACCACUGGUGCUGACCACCCUUAUCUCACUUUUCGUGAGGUUUCAUAGCAUAGUGCGGGAUGAUAUUGUCAAUGAAGUGACAGCAGAACACCUUGCCAUUUGGCCAUCAACCCUGGCAAACAUGCAGGCUGUGGAUGUGGAGGCGGUGGCUGUGACGGUUAAAGAGCUUGUGACCUACGCCCUUACACUGAACCCCAACAACCAGUCCUGGCUCAUCACGCAGGCCGACAUCUACUUUGUGACCAACCAGUACUCUGCAGCGUUGCAUUUCUACCUCCAGGCUGGGGCAGUGUGCUCUGACUUCUUUACCAAGGCUGUGGCUCCUGAUGUCUACACUGACCAGGUUGAGAAACAGUCUGGUGUUUUCAAAUGAAACUCAUAGGGCUCUGGUCAAAAGUAGUGCACUAUAUAGGGAAUAGAGUGCCAUUUGGCACGCAGACUUGGUGUUUUCUUGUUUAAACACCCAAGAUCACUGGAUUAUUUGUGACGCUGAUCUAUUUUCUUUGCAGGUCCUAAAGAGAAUGAUCAAGUGUUGUUCGAUGCUGAACUGUCACACACAGGUUGCAGUUCUGUGCCAGUUUCUAAGGGAGGUGGACUACAUGACAGCAUUCAAAGCUCUUCAAGAACAGAACAGUCACGAUGCCAUGGAUUCGUUCUAUGACUACAUCUGGGACGUCACCAUCCUUGAAUAUCUCACACACAUCCACCAUAAAAGGGGUGAGAGCGAGAAGAGACAAAUUGCUAUCAAGGCGAUUGGACAGACUGAGCUGAAUGCCAGUAACCCCGAGGAAGUUCUGCAGCUGGCUGCACAGAAGAGAAAGAAGAAAUUCCUGCAAGCUAUGGCCAAACUGUACUUUUAGAUAAAACCGGACCACCAAACGUGGGGGAAAAAUGUUUUCAAAUAAAUAGUUAGCAGUUCAUAUUUUGUACUCAAUACCUGUAAGCAGUUUUAUUCCCUGUGUUCAGAGAUGGUAAUCCCCUGAGGUACACAAUGGCCUGGUUUAACAAACAGCACCACUUUAAUAAGUUACAUUAGCCUUUCAGAAGUGUUCAAGUUAACAGAUUUUACCUCUGGUUGCAUAAACAAGAAAAUACUCAGUGGCCAGUUUUAGGUACACCACCCCGUUCACGAAAAUGGUUCACUCUGUGGCUUGCUAUAAGGCAGGCAGACACAGGCACUCAAUUACUGUUCAAUUGAAUAUUAGUGGGCAAAAUAAUUGGCCUGGGCAUGGUAUGAUCGUCGGUUCCAGUAUCUCAGAAACGGACGGCCUCCUGGGCUUUUCACGCACGACAGUGGCUAGGGUUUACAGAGAAUGGUGUGACAAACAAAAAAAUCCAGUUAGCGGCAGUCUUGUGCGCAAAAACAGCCCGAUGACAGGUCAAAGGAGAUUUCAGGCGGCAAAGGGGGCGGGUCCGAGCUGGUACUAGAUUGGUGUACCUAAUAAACUGGCCUCUGAGUACAUGUAGUUAAUGCCAUACUCUGCAAUUGAUUUACAUACAGGAAUAGAAUCUUCCAGAAAUAUAUAAUUCAGAAAACUCAUCAAUAUAACCUCACAUUUUAAUGUUCUGGUAUACUAAUCAGUGGAUUAAAAAAAAUAAAAAAAAUAAUAAGUUAAAGAUCAAUCUAAGCACAAGUACCACAGGCCAAUAAACCCAUAAUACGUUGA